AUGGUGAAAAUCGAGGAGUUCGCAGUUGAGCAGACCCCCCCCUUUACUGAAAGCAUUAAUGCUGACAAUUCCAAGUGGAUGGACAAAUAUGAACUUACAGCAAAAUACAAUACCGCCGAGACCUGCUGCGCAUCCCUUUCGAUUGACGACCUCCGCGAACUUUCCGAGGACAAGGAUACAAAUCCAUUGACUCAGCUACAAUCCACUAAGCUUACUUAUGGAGCGAUAAGAGGCUCUGACAAGCUCCGACAGACACUUGCCAAUCUAUACUCGGUCAAAACACCUACUGCCCUUCCGAAAGACAAUAUUCUGGUCACAAAUGGUGCUAUUCAAGCCAAUUUCCUUACCCUGUACAGCCUAGUUGGACCAGGAGACCAUGUUAUCUGCCAUUACCCGACAUAUCAACAGCUUUAUUCAGUACCUGCAUCCCUAGGCGCUGAAGUAAGCUUGUGGAAAUCCAAGGAAGAGGAUGGGUGGAAGCUCGAUAUCGAAGAAUUGAAAGCACUCAUCCAGCCCAACACCAAGCUGAUCAUUAUAAAUAAUCCUCAGAAUCCCACCGGGGCCGUUAUACCACGCGACACCCUUGAAGACCUGGUCGACAUUGCCCGCGAGUCCUCUAUCACCAUUCUUUCCGACGAGGUGUACCGGCCUCUUUUCCAUAAUUUCAACUUUAUGGACUCACAGUUUCCACCUUCCCUCCUAUCUCUUGGUUACGAAAACACCAUCGUCACGGGCUCGACAUCGAAAGCAUACAGCUUAGCUGGGAUACGUGUGGGUUGGAUAGCAUCGCGCAACCGAUCCAUCAUUGAAACAUGCGCCAGCUCUCGAGAUUAUACUAUCAUCUCUGUUGGGCAAAUCGAUGACGCAAUCGCUAGCUUUGCCCUAGCACCAGAGUGCAUCCACAAUCUGCUUCAACGCAAUAUAGAACUCGGUCGGACAAAUCUUGAAAUUCUAGAAAAAUUCAUCGAGUCUCACCGAUGGGCUUGUGAGUGGGUUAAACCACGAGCUGGGACUACUGCAUUCGUUCGAUUCGCCAAAAUGGGAAAGCCAGUCGAUGAUGUUGCUUUUUGCGAAAAGUUACUGGAGGAGACUGGGGUGAUGUUUGUACCGGGAAGUCUAUGCUUCGGAGGUCGGGAGGACUUCCAUGGGUAUGUUCGGAUUGGAUAUGUCUGUGAAACGGAAGUGCUUGAGAAGGGUCUUGAGGCCCUGCGUGAGUUUAUGGAAGAAGACUAUGAUGAUAUUCCUGUGAUCAAGAAAAAGAAGAAGGAAAAGAAGGAGGCUGUGUCUCAGCAAUGA